AUGGCUGCCAUGGGCAACUCGUCGAAGACAAAAAGGCGACGAGUCAGCCACAGCAAGGAUAGCAAAUAUAGUCUUCCCGACGAACUGUUGGUUCAGAUACUCUCCCUGCUACCCGUGAAGUCCGCCCUCCGAUUCCGCUGCGUGUCCAGAAAGUGGCUUGCCCUCCUCUCCGAUCGCGGCCCUUACUCCGUCAGAUACCUAUGUCCGACAAUGUGCGGCUUCUUCUAUCGACGCCAACACCUCGGACAGCCUUGGCGGUAUGCGCCCAUCCACCCUUAUAGAGACCACCACUUCGAUCUCAACAUGCUCACCGCUCAUCUACCUGACCAUCGCAACUUGACUCUAUUGGAUAGCUGCAAUGGUUUGCUUCUCCUCGGUUGCAGAGAAGAGAGGAGCUACAAGUCGAUGAUUAUUUGUAACCCGUUCCGGAAUGAGGAGACCGAUUGGGUGACCCUCCAUAUGAAUGCCUCAUUCAAACUACUCCCGCUACGUGAAUUUGUCUCAUCGAAGUUGGUUUCCCAUCGAGCAUCCCCUCAUUUCAAGUGCUUCUUCUUCUUUGAGGAUUUCAAUUUGAAUGAAUUGGGUGUUAGGUCAGUCUUUUGGUAUACGAAGUUGUCCAGCGACAUUGGUCAGUCCCACUACAUUGACAAUCUACCCCAGCACUCACCACCACAGUUUGACAUUUACGAUGUCGCUUUUGUCGAUCAUUGCCCGCAACUAUGCAUCAUCAGCGAGGACGAGACAGAUCAUGUGAUUUGUGUAGCGCUGAAUAAAAGCUGGGAAGGACGGGUUCGAAGUCUCAUGGGAGUAUCUCGAGGGCUCGCUCACUUCGCAUUUUGCGAUGAGCACGAGCUACACAUCUGGGUCCUCGUGAAGGAGGAUGGUAAAAGAGUAUGGAAGCCGAAGCAUAUUUGCAGUAGCCAUCCUCUGAUCAAACAGCACAAAGAAUCGCACCGACGUCGUAAGAAUGAGGGCAACGAAAGGGUCUAUUCCAUCUUCCCGCUCGGAUUCCACCCCGACCUCGACGUUAUCUUUCUCCAGAUUGAGUGGAGGAUAUACUCUCUCCAUCUUGGCAGCGGUUCCCUGGAUGAGGUGGCCGGUGAAAGAGGUGCAAACCCUGAAGGCCAAAUGUUUUUGUUCCAUCCCUUCACCAUGGAUCCUUCGGCAAGCUUAGGGGAGAGAAGAGAAUACCACAUGGAACUUCCUGACAUGAAUACCUAA